UCUAUGUCGAAAACAGACAGACAGUAGCAUCCUGAUACUCAACACUUCUGGAUAGGUUUAGUUUAUAUGUUGAAUAUAGCUUCACGUUUGCUCUUCUCCUAGGAAAUGCACGCUUUAUUCUCUCCCAGAGUGUAUCAUAAUCUGAUAUCUGAAAAAUCUGAGAGCUGACGUCUAGUCCGGCGUUAUGGUAAUACAAUACAACAUGUGCAGUUCAUUGGCUUUAACAGUUUACUUUCAGCUGGCGAGCCUUAAACUCGAGGCUCACUCCGCCAAUCGCAGCCUUGGCAAGUGGUUAUCGCCAUCUGCCUUUGUAGAAAACAAGUGUUCUACAUCCUGGCACAUGACGCAUAUAUUAUAAAUAGGUGUUUUCUAAGCGAUGCAGUUCGCUUUACGAAAUUUGGAAGGAUUUGCAGCUUCUAAUGAAGCAGCCCAUUCAUGGCGAAAUUGAAACUUUGCUGAGCCUAGUCGUGUAAUACAACUGACUUUUCCUGAAAUACAACGUCAACCUAUCUAACUUGGAAACGAGUUUAGUGACAGGGUAUAUUUGAGACCCAUUAUUGCCUUUCAUUUACACAUACUAUUUCUUGUACAAGUUGAGAGGUGCCGCAUAGCAAAAUCCACUUUCCGAUCUCCUCAAAAAUAUGACAAUUGUUAUGUUGCGUAGUAAUCAUGAAAUGGUCAGUUAUCUACGCAUGCUACAGGAAUUCGAAUUUUAACAAACGACAAUGCAGGACUACCGUUGUUUUCAGUGUAUACUACGCUCCUCUUUUCUAGUCAACUCAUUCGUCAUCUUAGUUUGUAAUGAGUAAUAUGGUCACAAGACGGAUAACUACGGUGAGUUGCAACUUGUAAUCGGCAAAUAUCAUGGCUAAAUAAAAUAAAUAUCUGAAGUCUGACAAAAAUCAGGUUUUUACUUCAGAAGACAACUCUGUUUAAAUAGUCCAGUGACUUAAAAAUAGUACACUUGUUAGGAAAAUAUGCUUUCAUGGCUGUUGUCAUAUCACCAUACAUUUUGACAAAAUUGAAUCCCACCAUCACGAAGCGAAAUUAGAUGUGCCAAAAACUGGCAAUUACCUCUACAUGCUGAAGACUGUCAAAGGGUGAUGAAGCGAACAUUUGUACGCGCUUAAACACCGUCAGGUUUUCUUUAAUCCAGCCUCACUUAGUCUCUGUUUGACUAUAGCCCCUAGGAUCAUAAGUACGCCUUGGGUAUACACCAGUUUUGCACUGAUCUAGUCAACAGUUAGUCACCAUUAGGCCUAAACACUUUUGGGGUCUAAGCGCCAUGUUCCGCUACUCUGCCUCAUUUUAGAUUAUUGAAACUUUCUCAGUCUCUGCUGUGGAUGAAGAACCGACGUUUACAUCCCAUUCAGAAUAAGUUUCGGUGAUAGGCAACCGCAAUGUAGAUGCAGACCAGCUAAAUUCCUUGUUAAAGAGUUCCACAGAAGGGCCCAGCAGUCGACCGAGAAGUUUGAAAAUCCUAUCCUUCUCGUUUUUUCAUUCCCUUAUAUGCAGAAUAACAUGAGAUAUAAAAUAUGUUUAUCGGCUAGGCAGGUUGCUUUUAGUAGUCCCAUUUGUAUAACUACUAGAUUAAUCGCAGUGACUUUGUAUUCGUGUACAGUUUAUUGAAAUCAGCUGAGUGAAAGUGUUGUUGGAACUUAAAGGUGAUUAAAAGUACUGCAGCCUUCAUACUGUAACUAUCUCGAAUAAAUUCUUGGGUGAUGUGAAAUAUCAGAUAAAAUGUUCAGUUGCCUUUAGAACACCAAUCACUAGUGCAGAAUAUUCUAUGAAAUAAAGAAAAUUGGGCGAGGGGAAAACCUUUGUUCUAGGUUACAAUUUCAUCGUUGGUACUCAUUCUCGCCUCCAAAAGCUGAAAAGAACUUUGUUUUUAUACACAACCCUUGUUAUGCUUUGAUUCUUUAUAGUUGUAGCUCAUUCUCUAGGCACUCAGAUUACAACUUAGAUCUUGAGUAACGUUUCGGUUUGAACAGCAAGUCUGUUUACCCCACGUAUAGCCUGUGAAAUCAAACAUAACUGUCUGUCAUCACCUAAUGAACUAUUCUUGGUAUCUAUAUCUUAAUAGCACAAUCUUGCACUACACUUGUUAAAUAUAACCUCUUAAAUUUUUAGUUAUACAUAGCUGGUAUAAUUCAGUUUGUUUAUCGCCCAAAACAACGUAGUAGACACAAUUAACAAACCAUAAAUAUCAAGUAGUUGUGGCUACAUAGUAAGAUUAAAAAAGUUAUUUAUGUGCAGGACCUCGUCAAACUAAUUUUAUGUAGCGUAUAACAAAGCAACAGUAGUAGUUAAAAUAAUCUGUUUAGUAAACGUGUUGGUUAUUCGUUAUGUUCCCCGAAUACUUUUCUAGCCGACAUCCUAUUUUAGUAGAGCAGAGUUCACAAUAAUGCGGACAAACUGCUUAAUUUUUAAAGGCUUUAAUCUUGUUCAUAAGAUAACGCACCAAUUCUGAGAAAACUAUUACUAGAUAAAAGUUAUCUCUUUGAACAUCAAUACAACAUAAUCGCUUUGUAGUUAUUGGAAGUGAAAUUUUAAAUGGAAAAGUAAAGGAUACGAACUCACGUCUUAUUUGCCGUACAGUGCCCUUACUAGGCCUACAGCUUCGAAAGAUUUCUGUAAUUCCAGAUGACGUUAGGGCUAUUGCCGAUGAAGUCUGUAGUCAAAUGAAGCAGUACGAUUAUGUCAUAACAUCUGGAGGCAUAGGUUCCACUCAUGACGAUGUGACUUAUGAAGGUAUUGCGAAAGCUCUUAAUGAAAACAUCGUCACUCAUUCGGAAUUUUUUCAAACAUUGAGGUAUUUAUCUGAACCUGACGUAGUACUCCCUUCCGAUCCUAUAACGAAACUUGCCAAAAUACCGGAAUCGUCAGAGUUGUUAUAUGGGACGCGUGUUCAGAUAGGAAGUGAAAAGUCAUAUCCUGUUGUAAAAGUGAAAAACGUUUUUAUUCUACCCGGAGUUCCUCGUUUAUUCAAUCUAGCGUUGGAAAUAAUAAAGGACCAUAUUCGAGAUCCAUGCGUGAAAUUUUCUCAUCAUUCGUUGUACAUUACUGCUGAAGAAACCAAAAUAGCUAAAUGUCUAUCUGAAUUAGCCGAAAAAUACGAAGGUUCAGUCAGUAUUGGAUCGUAUCCUGCAUUUCACAACAGUUACUAUCGUGUUCGAAUAACCUUUGACUCCCUUGAUGGAAAUACUGUGAAACUUGCCUAUGAAGAAGCAAAAAGUUUAUUUGAAGACUGCGUUGUUGAGUAUAAUCCAGACCCAAUCAGUAGAGCUGAUUAUGAAGUAUACAAAUUAUCCGAAGACAAAGACACGAGUUUAGGUAAUCGUGUAUCUGAAUCUAUAAAGAUUAUCGAAGAAGCACUAGACAAGUACAGUGAUUCCGAAUUGGUUAUAUGCUUUAAUGGUGGUAAAGAUUGUACAGUUUUACUGCAUUUAGUCUACGCUGUAGUAUGUCGUCGAAAUAAUACAACUACUAGUGAUGCUAAAAGUGAAUAUAAUAAUAGCACACCGGAUAAAAACUGUAUGAAACUUCCAAAACUCUUAUAUAUUCGUUCACAUUCCACUUUUCCAGAAAUAGAAAUGUUUGUUCAAAAAACAAUUGAUUUGUAUUAUUUAUCAACUAGUAGGAUUUUACGACCAGAUUUACAACAAUGUGAUAGUCAUAAAAGAGGUAUUAGCUCAUUGUCUGAGUCUCGUCGCCCAACAGAUAAUGCUGUAGUUAUAUAUGAAGGACCUAUUAAAGAUGUACUUGGCAGAUUUUUACAAGACUAUCCCAAUAUCAAGGGUGCUUUUAUGGGAACAAGAUAUUCAGAUCCUGGAACACAUAACAUGGUUCCUAUGAAGAUGUCAGAUCCAGGUUGGCCUCAAAUUCUUCGAAUCAAUCCACUUUUGAACUGGACUUAUUCAGAGAUAUGGAAUUUCCUUCGAUCUUUAUCACUCCCUUACUGCAGUCUUUAUGAUAAUGGAUACACAUCACUUGGUAGUAUGGAAGAUACACAUCCAAAUCCUCAACUAAGAUAUAUUACAGAGACUGGACGCAUUGCAUAUCAUCCAGCUUAUAAAUUAGAGGAAGAAAAUUGUGAACGUGUCGGUCGUGUGAAAGAAAACAAAAACAACGGCAUAAUUAAAAUUAACUUAGUUUAA